GCUUCCUGCGAUUGCCUUGAUGAAUAUGACGUGCGCCGCUCACGUUUGAGGAGAACCCCCAGACUUCAGCUUCACUACUGUAGUCCACACAAAGGACGCGCUCGUGCCUUUAUGACGCGUCGAUCCAGAUUCCAGAAUGCCACUGUAGAACGCGUCUCGAUUCGAAUUCAGCAGGGACGCGGCGGUUCGAGAAUCCUCUCUGCGUUGUGAGAGAAAUGGAUGCGGGAAUGUGCGUUUCUUGCAGACGGAUAUAAGUUUUGCAUGAUUUAUUACUCGAUCUUCAUUUCUAUAUUACGUCAGGGGGAAUAAACGGACUGAUUAAACGGACGGACGGGCCGGGGGCAACAAUCGUUCGCUUUCAUUGAGAAGAGGAACAUCGAUAUUAUUCGUGCAAACGUCUUCGUGACUGUCCAUUUAAUUCUGUAGCUGUCUGAUUAUAACCGUGCUCCCGAAGCCUCUGUUUUCACAAUGCAGUUUAGGACAGUUUUGGAUGUAAAAGUGGUGGAUGUGGAGAAGAGGAGGAAUCCAUCCAAACAUUACGUGUAUCUCAUCAAUGUCACAUACUCUGACUCCACAUCCCACAUCAUCUACAGAAGAUACAGUAAAUUCUUUGACCUUCAGAUGCAGAUUCUCGACAAGUUCCCAAUUGAGGGAGGGCAGAAAGAUCCCAAAAAAAGGAUUAUCCCUUUUCUCCCAGGCAAAAUCCUAUUUCGACGAAGUCAUGUGAGAGACGUGGCCAUGAAGAGACUACGCUUUAUUGAUGAUUAUUGCAGAGCGCUGGUCCGGCUCCCUCCCCAGAUCUCGCAGAGUGAGGAAGUUCUCCGCUUCUUCGAGACCAAACCAGAUGAUAUCAACCCUCCCGUAGAGGAUUAUGGAUCCAAACGCAAGUCAGUUUGGAUGUAUGGCCUUCAGGACAGUCCAACCAAGUCUGAGGCCUCAGGACUGGACAGUGGUGAGCCCAUGGUGCUGGAGCAGUACGUGGUGGUGGCCAACUACGAGCGGCAGGAGAACUCCGAGAUCAGCCUGAAGGCUGGAGAGACGGUGGACGUAAUCGAGAAGAGCGAAAGCGGCUGGUGGUUUGUCAGCACAGCUGAAGAACAAGGCUGGGUUCCUGCCACGUACCUGGACUCUCAGAGCGGCACCAGAGAUGAUCUGGACUUGGGAACAUCUAGAUCUGGAGAAGUUACUAAGAGACGUAAGGCUCAUCUGAAGAGGCUCGACCGGAGAUGGACACUAGGGGGAAUAGUCAACCGCCAACAGAGUCGAGAGGAGAAAUAUGUCACUGUCCAGCCAUAUAACAGUCAGGGAAAAGAUGAGAUCGGGUUCGAGAAAGGAGUAACCGUGGAGGUCAUCCAGAAGAACCUGGAGGGAUGGUGGUACAUCAGGUAUCAGGGUAAAGAGGGCUGGGCCCCAGCCUCAUACCUGAAGAAACUGAAAGAUGACCUUUCCCCAAGGAAGAAGACUCUGACAGGCCCUGUUGAGAUCAUCGGAAACAUAAUGGAGAUCAGUAACCUCCUCAACAAGAAGGCUGUAAGCGAGAAGGACAUUCAAACUGAUGGAGAGGCCACCAGCCCCGAGCGCCACAUCUCCAAAAGUGAAAUCAGUUUACCUAUCUCAUAUGCCCCAGAGGCUGGAGUGGCACCCACAGUGGUCACUGGUUUGGGAAUGAACUCUGGAUCUAGUGCUGCCCUACAAGAGAACAAGAGCAGGGCAGAGCCGGGGUCACCUGCUAUAGCCCGGGUGGCACCACACAGAGUUGAAAUAGGAUUUGAUGCCAUAGGAUCUCCAAACCUCAGGCAGAAACCUCCUCCUCGAAGAGAUACAAAUCUGGCAUUCCAGUUGCCCAAACCUCCAGAGGCCCCUACUGUGGAAGCGGAGUACUACACCAUAGCAGAGUUUCAAUCCAGUAUCUCAGAUGGCAUCAGCUUCCGUGGAGGACAAAAGGCUGAUGUCAUUGAGAAGAAUUCUAGUGGUUGGUGGUACGUCCAGAUCGGGAAUAUGGAGGGAUGGGCACCCUGCUCCUUUAUCGAUAAACGCAAGAAGCCCAACCUGAGCCGGCGAACCAGCACACUUACUCGCCCUAAAGUUCCACCACCUGCUCCACCAGUCAAGAAACCAGACUCAGAGGAAUCCCCUUCUCUGGCUGGCUCUGCCCCCAAAGCUCCAGAAUCUCCCACUCAGCGUGUCUAUGAGGAGCCGGAAUAUGAUGUUCCCGCCAUUGGUUUUGACUCUGAUCUGGACAGUAAUCCUCCAAAACAAAAAAUAAAUAAUUCCCCAAAACCAGAGCCCCGUAAGUUUGAAAUUAAAAGCAACCCAGCAGCUGCCGAAAGAAUUGCACAGGCUGGCAAAGCAUCGCCUUUACUAAAAGUGAUGACCUCCCCCUUGAGGAAAAGAAACUCAUUGGAGAAAUUGGAGCAUGUCAAUAAGGAGGAAGUCAUUUAUGAAAAUGAAGGCUUUAGGUUCUCCUCCGAUGACUUUGCCAGUGGUUGCGAUUCGGAUACCCCAAGGAGUCUCACACUGGGUCGUAAACCCUUCGGGUCCUCCUCUGGAGGAGGGAAGCCCCUCCGGAAAGUAACGCCAGAUCUAAGCCGGAGUCACUCUCUUGGCCGUGCUGAGAGACACAGCCCCAAGUCAUCAUCAGACGAAUCAGGACGCAAUCCCAAAAGAGAGCCUGUCAUGCGAAAAGAUGUGGAGAUCCGGGUUGGUCAAAGUCCCUUAGCCAGGCCCAAACCAGUGGUGCGACCCAAACCUCUGCUUACAAAAUCAGAGCCACAAAGUCCUGAAAGAAUGGACAUCAGCAGCCUACGCCGGCAGCUUCGGCCCACCGGAAGUCUUCGUCAAGGCCCCAUCCGUGCAGUACGUGGUGGUGAAGAUUCCGAGACUGCUUCUGUUGUGUCCUCUGAGGAUUCCAUCUCCUCAAGAAGUACCUCCGAUCUCUCCAGCGUCUAUUCCAAAGGUAGCCGAGGUGGGGAAUCUGACCAUGAAAAUGUGCUCUACAGGACCACAGAUGCCUACGAACGGACCCAAGAGUCAGAGGUCAGCUUCCCAGCUGGUGUAGAGGUUGAGGUACUGGAGAAGCAGGAAAGUGGAUGGUGGUAUGUCCGUUGGGGCAAUGAUGAGGGAUGGGCACCUACUUUCUACUUCGAGCCAGUCAAGCAUACCCAAAAUGUCACUGUACAAGAAUCCCGUGAUGGCCCUCUUGUUGAUCUUGGUAGCACCAACAAGUCCAACAGCCUCGAGAAAAAUGAGCAGCGUGUUCAGGCCCUUAACAACCUAAACCAGCAGAACCUGAGGAGUAUGAGCAACCCUAGUCCACCAAUCCCAUCCAAACCACCGGGGGGGUUUAGCAAACCAACCGCAAUGCUGAACGGUUCAGGCGUACGGAUGAGGAACGGUGUCCGUCAAGCAGCAGUGCGACCACAGUCAGUGUAUGUAUCUCCACCACAGCCUCUGAAGGACACCAACAUCCACACAGGGUCUUUGAGAAGAAAUGAAUCACUGGGUGCAGGCGACCAAUUGAGGUCCACAGGCGGUGUAAGGCGAAACUCCUCCUUCACUGCCGUUCGACCACAGGCGGUAACUGAUGUACGGGUCAGGUCUGGGACCACCAUUACAGCACCCGCCGGAAGUUCAAGCCCCUUGAUUGGCCAGAGGAAUGGAAUUCCAAUCUCAACAGUAAGACCCAAGCCCAUCGAGAAGACACAUCUCAUUCACAACAACCUUCGAGAGGUUUACCUAUCUAUCGCUGACUACCGUGGCGAUGAAGAGACCAUGGGUUUCUCUGAGGGCACUAGUCUUGAAGUUUUGGAGAAGAAUCCAAAUGGAUGGUGGUACUGCCAGGUUCUCGAUGGCUUACAGGGACGUAAAGGCUGGGUACCAUCUAACUACCUGGAGAGAAAAAAGUAACUCCCCAAAAAUGUUUUAAACAUGCACAAUUGUAAACAAAAUGUAAAAAGACGAACUGACUGAAGGACUUUUGGUUUGAAACGAGAGGGACAGAGCCUUUUAGAAAGGAGUUUACAUUAAAACUAGAGUAAUGCAGGUGAAUGUUUAGCAAAAUACCUGCCGUAACUUUAUGCCAAAUGGGUGCCUUCGUACAUCUUUCACUGAAUGUUAAGAGGAAUUGGUCAAAUACCAGUGAAGCAACGAAAAUACCAAACUUCAACUUAGUGCCAUAGGCCUACAAGUACAGAAAGCAACAAACUUAUUUUUUGUUACAACAAAUACCAGUGAGAAAGAUCAUUUCAGCAUAGGUGCAUAACCAAAAGUGCAAAUCCAAUCUUAAGCACUUGUAAACAAGAAAUUCCUGUUUAAAAAUUUUUGAACAAAUAACCAACGUCAAAUGUUAUCUUAGCAUUGAGAGCGCUCAAAGAAACAAAGCAUAACUUUGAUUGUCGUUUUUUAAAAACUAUCCUUUUUUUAAAUAGUUUUGUGUUGAUGUUUGUGUUAUAUCUUCCUUAGAGAUGUAUUUCUGCUUUCUUGUAACAUCCUAACACGUCAAAACAGUUCACUGAGUCACAUCCUGUCCUGAUUAGUUGCAAGUUAUUGUUUAAGUCUCUUUUGUCUUCCCCAUUCUUUAAACAUGCACAGGCCAAAAUGAAUAAAACAUUUUAAAGGAAAAUAGUCUGUGAAAGCUACAUGCAUAGAUCACCUCAUACCCACUUAAUUAUUGGGUUUAGUUUACAAUGUACAUCUGUUUAUAUUAGGAGGGUAGACAGCUUGAGAGGACAGGACUUUAGAUAUUGCUGCUCUUUGUGUGCUAAAUCUGUUCAUUCAAGAAAUCAGGACUGGAAAAUCUUUUGUUUUGUUCAACAUUUUAUCCCAGGGAAGUAGUGACAGAACAUUGAGCCCAAAAUGUGAUCAAACCAAAGAAGAAUUACAGACACAUUUGCUAGUUUGUUUUAGAGUUAGUAUUUAUUUUGUGGCUACAAAUAAAUACAGUGUAUUCAGCAAAACCUAAACGAGGUUUCAGAACUGAGAACAAAGUAUAUUUAAUUAUUAUAUCUGGAAGCACUUGAUUUUUUUUUUUUACCCAAAGAAAAGCACAUUAAUAUGCAAGGAUAAUUUUUACGUUACGAUAUUGCUGGGCAGUAUUGAAUCUGAAGUUAGACAAUAAGCAGUUUAAACUACUAUCACAGUGUUUUAUUUUCGACAAAGAUAUUAAAAUAAAUUCAUGAACUUUAUCUUAGUCCAUAGUCCAAUCUCUAAUUCUCUUCUCUUUAGAUGUCUGAACUCAGAAUGAUUACUUCCCCCUUAUUCAGUCAAAUAAUAUUCACUAACAGCAUCAAACAAUUGAUGUUCAAGACUGCUGAAAUAUUUUUCUAAUGAACAGUGUGAACUCUUAAAUGAGUUUAACACUACUUUUAUUUGAUUUAGUUUUCUGCUGGACAGUAUUUUAGUGUUAAACAGUUAAAACGUUAAUUACCUGCUAGAUUGCAGUUAUAUUCUAUUAAGCAGAAAAUUGUUUAUUAUGUCUUGUUUGUUCAUUGCUGUGUGAUCACACAUGGACAAUAAUGAUGAAUGAAGUUGUUCAUUUGUUGUGAAUCAAUGCAUUUUAGCUUUUUCUUGAAUGCACUGGUUUAAAGAUGCAGUGUACUUCAUCAGCAUUUAAUUUAUUUUUCGUAGUAUUUAUACUUAAUUUUUUUUUUCUUUAAAUGUUUUUUAAUUCUGUCUUGAGAAGAUGCCAUUUUAUUGUCAUUUGUCCAUCUCUUUUAAAACUUGAAAUUCUUGGUAGGUCUGUAGUAAUUGGCUACUGCUAUAUUCUGAUUUUGUUUUUUUUUCCCUACCAAGAUUUUUUUUUUCUCUUAUGUAGGCCUCUGUUAAUUAGGAAGAUGAAUAAUGUCUCCUACUGUCUUAAAACUGGAAGCAGAUUUUUAAAACAAUUCUUAUGAACAUUUUUUUCAUUAUGUGGACAUGCUUUCACAUAAUUUUUUAAAUCAGAAAUGCAUUUUCAACCAAGCUGAUUGCUGCACCUUUAGCAACUAUGGACACUUCCUUUCUCGUUAUUGAUCCACAUAUAAUGCCAGAUUAUUAAAAAAAAGAAAAAAAGUUUUUAUUUCAUUGUAACAUCAUCCUAUCACUCCCAGAUUUUUUUUUUUUUAAAUUGACAUUCAAAAAAAAAAAAAAAAAAAAAAAAUCUGAAUAAUAAUCAGUCAAUCCUAAUUAAAAGCCAGCAGUAAAAUGGGAAUGAUCAAAUGACAUAACGUUUUAUAAUAAAACAGCAGGGCUCUGUAGUUAUAUAGUAUAUGUGGAUCCCUAAUUGUGACUGGACCAAAUUUGAUUUGAAUGUUUCAUUUAAAUGUUAUCAUUUAAAAAAACAAAACAAAACAAACAAACAAAAAAACGCAAUAAUGGGAUUUUAAAGUUGUAAUUUGGGUGAUUUUGUUUUUAACUUUUAAAUUUGAAAAUGAAAAUCAAGCCAUUGCACUCUCAAUUGCAACUCUCUUUUUGACGAUGGCAUUAUAGAAAUGUGUCGAUUCACUACAGCGCAGCGCUUGUGAUGGAUGUUGCUAAGCUCCAUUAACACUUUGCUUUUUCUUCAUUUGCGCCAAUACAAUUUACAAGGGAACUGUUGUGUGUCAAACUAGUUCUUAUAUUACUUGUGUAUCUGCUAGCUUUGUAUUAUGUGUUCUUUAUUUAUUUAAAAUUUAAUGCUUUUUUUUCAGGAACAGUAUUGUAUUUUACUGUUUUUUUUUUUCUUCUUCUUUCUCCUGUUCACUUUUGACAUUACUCAGAUGGAAUGAGGAAAUGUGCAAUACAAAAACAGGCAUCUCACCAGUCAAGAACCAUAGCAUUGGAGAAAUAUUUGUUUUUACUUAAAAUUCUGAUAAUUUUAUGUCAAAUAAUGCCUGGUUUUGUUCCAUAGUUUUUUUUUUUAAUCCUCCAAGUCAAAAUAUAUCAAUGUGUGUUCAAAUACAGUAUGCUAUGCUGAAUGUUAAAAUGCCCUGAUAGAUGAACACCUUCAGUCUGCCAGCCAACCAUGACUUGAUUUCUGUAUUCAUACUUUUUACCUACUGAACCACAUCUUGCUUUAAGGGGUUCAGUGACCUCACAGACCCAUGGUGAAUCAGUAUGGAAAUAAUAGGGAAGCAUGGGCAUAUCUAAUUCUCUGAGGCAUUUGACAGAUCAGCCUGUCAAAUUACAAAUUUGAGAUGCUGGGGCAAAUCCAUCAGCAGCUACUGUAUAUAAGCACCGCACCACACACUGCCAACUUCUCUACAUCCACCCCCUACAUUCCACUGUUACCAUGGCAAACUCUAUCCUAAAUCCCAAUCGACUUACAUACUGUAUCACUGACAGAUUUCUUUAUCUGAUCUGUUUGGUCUACUAACAAGUUAAUUUUUAGCUUUAGGUUUAUUCUCAAAAUCCAGGUUUAACUUUCCACACCUUAAAACAGUGUGGGCUGCAUAUAUUCGCUUCUCUUCCUGUUUGAUUUCAUUAUGUGAGCUUACAACGCCAUUGAAUUGGAAUGCUUUUACUGAGAGCAUGAACAUAAGAACAGAGAUUUUCACUUUGGUUGAAAAUGAGGAGGGUUAUGAGUGACUGUCUUUGAGUUUCUGGUCAAGAAAAGCCUUUUAUGAGAAUUGAAAUGUCUUUACCUUUCCUUGUUAAAAAUGGCCCUCUCAGAUGUAGGUUUGCUAUAGUUUCUUGCUUAAUGCUGUUUUCUUUUCUCUUUUCCUUUUGUAUUAUCACAUUUAAAUAUUAAGAUUUUAUGUUGGAAGAAUGUAUAGGAUAUAUUUGAAUGUUCCAGGUUCUGUGACAUGGUGUUGAAAAUGAUUUUAACCAAACAAAUCUCUUGAGAAAAUGUAACUAUUUCAUGAGUUACAGUGAUUUUGUAUGAAUUUGUACAAUGUCAUUAGGAAAGAAACAUGAAGUUCCACCUUCAUCAAUUUGAAGAUCCAUGAAUUUGUAUGAUGCGAUUCAUACAGAAACUUACGAUUUUAAGAAAAGAAAGUUAGCAAGAAGGUCCACUUUCAUGUAUUCUAAAGUCAGUGAAUUUGUAUGACAUGAUUUGUACGGAAACAGAUGGUUUGUAGAAAAAAGUUAGUAUGAAGGUCCAACUUCAUGAAUUCAAAGGUCAAUGAAUUUGUACGAUCUUCAUGUGGAUGAUUCAUAUAGAAAAGUUAUCAUGAAUGUUCACAAAUUUGUACAUUGUAAUUUGUACAGAAACUUACGAUUUUUAGGAAAAAUUAAACAUCAAAUCUCCAUCUUUAGGAAUUCAAAGGUCCGUGAAUUUGUAUGUUAUUCAUACGGAAACAUACUUUUUUUUGGCUAAAUCUUAGCAUGAAGGUCCACCUUCGUGAUUUCAAUGGUCCAUGUGUUUGUACAAGACACUUAGUAUUGAACCUGGAACAUCCCUUAAGCUCCUGAAUUGAAAUAGAAGAACGUUACUUUAUGAAAAUAAGAUUGUGAGUGUAUUUUUCCUGUUUGUUUGGUGUAUUCUGGUGGUUUGUGUACGGGAGUUUUUAAACGGUGGAAAGUGAAGGUGAACAGAGGGAAUGUUUGUUUAUAUGUUUGGUUAGAAGAGAAUGCAGUCAGGUAAGGUUAGACAUGAUUAAACCGCUCUAAUGGACUUGAAGAAGUGUUCCCCGUGGAAAUAAAAGCAAGUCUUUUUACGAUAAUUAGCACUUCAGAGAAGCUUCCCGCUAGCAGCAGCUCAUUAUGAUGUCACAGUGGCACUGCACUGUCAUAACAGCACUAGUGAGGUGCGGUGUUCUUGAAACACACUAGUUAUUUCUGUUGGAAAACUGACUGCAACUUAAUUCAAGCGAUCGAGCAGCCUUGUCUCCAAGGCCAUUGUUUCUCAAAACAAGCCUUAGUGCUUGAGUACACAUGCUGAGGUUUAGAAACUUGCAAACGGAUAUCCACCCGAGCUCGCCGCUGCUGCAAACCUCUUUAUAACAAUUAAAAAGUUGCUGACAGAAUGUGUAAAAGAAUAGGACCGCUCGUCUCCAGCUCACCCACCGUGGUGUCAGGAGUACAAGCGCGAUGUGAAAUCACAUUACCCGAGUGCUCGGUUAAUUACAGAUGCUUGAGAAGAGCGCCGUGAAUACAAAUGUCACACUGAUUGUGGAUGUCGAGCUGCCGGGGGCUCAGAUCAGAUGCCGAGAUAGAUUGAUCGUGUCUCUAAUGGCUCACAGCAUGUCGAGAUGUAUUAACAUCAUCAAGAGGAAUCAUUUGAGCUUCCUGCGUCAGCGAAUGGCUUGAUUUACUGAGGCAUCUAAAUGUCGUGUUGGUGUACAACAAAAGUUGAAAGAAUGUACGUGAUCGAUUGCAUCAGAUGUCAUUUACAGGGCUUGGAAAACCAAUUGUGAGUUUCAAGCCUGGAAAAGUCAUGGAUGAAAACAUUUAUUUGCUGAAAUGCUUGGUUGCUGGAAAAUUCAUGGAAAUUAAUUUUUCUAAACUUACAGGAAGUACCCUGUGACUAGUUAUAUUUCUCCGAAAACAUUUGAUACAUUUUAUCAUUAAUUUGACUAAUAUUUCAUGUGACCUUACCUGGAUUUGAAGGAAGUAGGCCUGUUUUAAGCAUGGAUUACGGUGGAGAGAGUUGUAUGUGUGCUAGCUGUGAUGUAUGAAGUGCUUGAAAGGAGUUUGGUAGGUUUGAUUUAUCUUUUUCUGUGUUAAUCUGCAUUUUUGAUCAGAUGCAUCAGUGUUUGGUGUGAGGCGGCAGGGUGUGUUUAUGUGUUCACUUUGAUGCGAACAAGUGCAAAAAGGGAACAUGCUGCGGCGGUCUAAUCUCUUGCUGUUUUCUGUCCCUGUCUCUGCUUGGCUGUCUGCACUAAUUACCGUUCUUCUCCUCUUAAUUAACAGUCACGAAAAAACAGCACGUGGGGCCAGUGACAUCUUGCUUAAAAGAAUGUUUUGAUGAGCAUCACUCUGAAAUGUACAUUUAUUGAGGUUUGCUUUCAUCACGCAUCCACUUAACAGACUGCUUAUAAGGGUUCUUAUUCAUUUAUUUUUUUCUAAAUGUGAUCUUCUACAUGUAUAGCACGUAUUCUUGGACAGACUUUGGACUAUUUCAAAAAAGACUUUUUAAUCAAAGUACUCCUCAAAUGAUUUUUCAAACAAAGUUGAAUUCUCAGACAGGAAGUGAAAAUGCCUACAAUAAAUAAUAUGCCACAAUGUUUCUCUGUUACAGAACAUUGGAUGUAAGGAAUGUUUGGCUAGAUAUUUGCAAAACCCUCUUGUCAUAAGGUAUAUUUAAAAGUGUACUCUUGGACAUAUUGAGAAAAGGCCUUGCAUUGAUAUUAUUCAGCGCUCAGCCAAAUCUACAUUUUGUAUGCAUUUCUUUU